AUGGGCAGCUUUGCCGUCGCGCGCAGCCUGUCGUCCCAGCUCAAACUCGACCCUUUCGAGAUACGCAGCAUCAGCGACCGCGACAGCUGGUACGACCGCGGCAACAGCCCGAGACCGAGCAUCAGCCCCAGCAUCGCCAGCUCCGUGGAGCGUAUCAACAGCCCACACAGGCCAGACAGCCCAGACAAGUUCUCGGAGAAGGCCUCGGUCGCGGAUAGCGAGGGCGCGGCUGAGAAUGGGGAUGGGGCGGUGCCGGACGGCGUGCUUACGGGUGCGCGCCUCGCGCUCGUGUUCAGUGCCCUCUUGCUCUGCACCUUUAUGUUCUCGCUUGACCAGUCGAUCGUCGCGACCGCCAUCCCCCGUAUUGUCUCGGACUUCAACUCGUUCGCUGCCGUUGCCUGGCUCAUCACGGCCUACUUCCUCACACAGUGCGGGUUCAUCCUUCUCGUGGGGCAGCUCUUGACCGUCAUCAAGGCCAAGUGGGUGCUGCUUGGCGCCGUAUUCUUCUUUGAGCUCGGGUCUCUCCUCUGCGCCCUCGCGAACGGGAUGACGUUUCUCAUCGUUGCCCGAGCGAUCCAAGGCAUUGGCGCAGCCGGUCUCUUCGUAGCCAUCAUGGCGACGAUUGCGGUCGUGACGACCGUCGAGAAACGCUCUGCGUUCAUGGCCGGCUUCGGUUUCGCCUUCGUCGUCUCGUCCGUCAUCGGCCCCCUCCUCGGCGGCAUCUUCACCGAGCAGCUCAGCUGGCGCUGGUGCUUUUGGAUCAACCUGCCCAUCGGCGGCGUCGCAACGCUCCUCGUCAUCUUCCUCCUGCCCGCCCGCCCGCCUGAGCGCACCCACGAGUUCCACCGCACCGGCUGGGCCGGCUUCGUCCGCAUGGACUGGGUCGGGUGCGGCCUCUCGCUCACCAUGGUCACAUGCCUCCUCAUCGCCCUGCAGUGGGGCGGCAACGACUACCCGUGGGGCAACUGGCGCAUUAUCCUUCUUUUCACACUCAGCGCCGUCCUCACCAUCUCCUUCUUCGCGUGGGAGCACUGGCUCGGCGAGCGCGCCCUCAUCCCGCCCGGAAUUUUGCGCAACCGCACCGUCGUCGCUGCCUCCGGCACCAGCUGGAUGAUCAUGAUGGGCCUCCUCGGCGGCACGUACCAGCUGCCACUGUACUACCAGGCGUCUAAACUGCACUCUGCGCAGAAGUCGGGCAUCGACAUUAUUCCGUUCAUGGUGGUCGUGUGCGUGGGGAUUUUUAUUUCUUCAGGCUUCGUGACCAAGUUCGGGUACUACUACCCGUUCUUCUUUAUCGGGCCGCCCAUCGCCGCCGUUGGCUUCGGCAUGCUGUUCACCGUGACCGAGACGACAUCGAACAAGUUCUUGAUCGGGUGGCAGGUCCUCUCCGGCCUCGGCAUCGGCCUCACCUUCCAAAACAUCAUCCUCUCGGUGCAGGCCGAGUACGCGCGCAAACCCGCGCUUCUCCCGCAAGCGACCGGCGUCCUCUCCUUCUUCCAGCUGACCGGCGCCGCCGUCGGCGUCGGCAUCAUCAACACUGUCCAAAGCAUCUACCUCAACGAAUACUUGCGCAAGUACGCGCCGCUCGCACCGUUCCAGAUCGUGCGCCAGUCGACCACCGUCAUCCCCAUGCUGCCAGGGAUCCUGCGCCCAGGCGUCAUCAAAGCCUACACACUCGCCAUCAGCAAGUCGUACCUGCCCAUGAUCGUGGCUAUGGCGCUUGCGCUCUUCUUCGGCUCGUUCAUCCGCUCACACAACAUGCUCAAGGUCGGUUUGCCGGGCGCGGGGGGGUUGGCGUGA